AUCUACCAAUCAUUCAAAUGAAAGUUGAAAUUUCAGUAAGCUCCUAGAGCGCAAAGUUGAAAAGUUAGCCUAGAGAAAACUAAAGCUAUAACGGGAAUCGUAUCCAUGCCCGGAACGAUACUUCUGCAAAUGUUUCACCAAACUGAACGGUGACGCAGCUGGGAGUGCCAAUUAUUACAAGUUUUAAUUACAUCUGUUAAAUUUUGAGGAUAGGACAUUACCUUUAAGACUUUGAACUAAAUCGUAUACUGUAUAUAAAAUGCGAACAAACGAUGCAUAUCAUAAAAGUAGAGACCACACUUGCAUUGUAAAUGCGAGGGAUAGUAUUGCAAAUAAAACCAUGGUUACUUCAGCAUCGUGCACUACCCUUUGUUGAUCAUGAACGCCUCUCUUUCACCUUUAAGGACCACAAAGGGCAGAUAUCCUACAUAGCUACCCAGCAUCCUCUGCAUGAGACCACGGAGGAUUUCUGGCGAAUGGUCUGGGACCAAAAAGCGCAUACGGUUGUCAUGGUGAACGAUGAGGAAAAAGAAAAACCGGCUGAAUUCGUGGAUUACCUGCCAAAAGGACAAGGAAACUCAAAGCAAUUUGGUGGCAUCAAUGUUACAGUCAAACAAAUAACAGAAAAAGCGGACUACCUUUUGACUGUUCUGAGCAUCGUCGAAGGAAAGAAUGCAGCCUCCCCGCGUGAAGUCUCGCACAUGAGAUUCACGUCGUGGAAGGAGCGCGCCAUGCCCAACGUGGCUCUGUUUGUUGCUUUCGUGACAGCCACGAGGGAAGCGAGGAAGAAACAUGGCCACACCAAGGCUCCGACCAUUGUACACUGCAGUGAUGGUCUUGGUUUCAGUGGCGUGUAUAUCGCUGUGGAUAUUGGUAUAAAAAGCCACGAGGAGAGUAAAACAUCAGUUGUUGAUGUGUUUGAGUUGUCCAAGAAUCUCCGUCAUGACCGACAUGGCAUUGUUUGUACCUUGGAACACUACAACUUUAUCUAUCAGGUAAGUUAUAAUUGGCAAAUCAUGAGCCACAUUGGCUCAUCUGUGUUUGCGGUAACUCACGAUUUCUCAACAUGAAAUAACAAGGGGUAUUGCUAGCAACAUGUAUGGGAUGCUAGUCCGUAGCAGGUAAAUGCCCUCCCCCUCCACCCCAGUCGUUUGUUGGGUUGUUCCAACCUUUCACCGGACCGUCCCAUUUUAAAUAUGCGUAAGGGGAGAGAGGUGCUAUGAACUACAGUGUAGUGCCUGAGCCGCGACCUAAUCAUGUACGGCAACUACGGUCAGGACUCAAUCCUGGUUUUCUCGUUUAAGAAUCCAAUUCCCUAACCAGCAGUCCAUCAGGACGUUUUUAAGCACGGUUUGCAUCACACGUGGUAUUCCCUUAUAUUGGCUCUAUAGGUGUGUGUGGCCUCAAAAGCAAGGCUCGAAAAAAGUGCCAUCCAGUCGGACCGGAUAAGCAGAUUUUCCUGCUGUGCAACUAACGUUUCAGUCUUACUUGCCCAACGGUUAUGGGCCCAGACAAGUCGUCUGCCAACUAAAUAAGAAAAAAAAUAAACUAAGACGUGCCCAGGACAAGCAAAAUUUGAGAGCUGCUUGUCCAAAGGCCAAGCUGGAAUUCAAGUUGUUUUCGAGCCUGCAAAGGGUAUGGUGUUUUAGCGGUUUUGGUCUGAAAAAGUGUAUAGAUUUUGACCAUUUUUGUCUGAAAUACUUAUAGGGUGUGUUUUUCACUCUGGCUUGGCAUUGGGUAUUUUGUUUAGAAGGAAUUUUUUUUUUUCUUUUCGCAUGAGCACUGGCAAAGUUUUAGUCCUUCUCAAAUGUUUACGCAAAUGGUAGCCAUUUCGGGUUAGCUGCGGUCACAUAUUAAGCCUUGUAGUAAUUUUAGAGGUCCGAAAUGGGGUAUGGAUAUUUCGCUCAGGUCUGAAAAAGGGUUUGGAAAAUUACAGAUUUUGGUCUGAGAUAGGGUACAGGUUUCAAGGUUCGCGCCAUACACCUUUGGGAAGUGACCCCCUCCGUGUCUUUUACCACGUAUCGUACCAUUACAGACUGCGUGUUGACCUCAUAUUCCUGAUGUAAAUUACAACCAUCGAAUGUCACACCAUGUUAACACCAUUUUGAAAAUAGCGGAAAGUUCGCCCCGAUAUUUCUGAUUAUUAUACAUUGAACUCAUUAUCUCUUUUCUGAUUGGUCGAAA